AUGGAGAAAAGCUUUUACAUAGAAGUUCCACCCCUCACGGCCCUAACAGAAAACGCACCUCUGGAGUUCUACAUCGCAGGCAACGGAGAAGAUUAUUUAGAUUUAAACAACACGCUGCUCUAUGUGACUGCUCUAGCAGACGGUCAGGACAUUGAUGCGGCAGCCCGUGUGAGUCUGGUGAAUUACCCCACUGCUGCCAUCUUCAGCCAGGUUGACAUCACCGUAGGAGACCUGUUGAUCAGCCAGAGCAACAACUGUUAUACUUACAGAGCCUUUAUAGAGUCUGUCCUGAACUACAGUGAAGAGAUGCUGAAGACGCAGUAUUCAACCGAGCUCUUUUACAAAGACACAGCCAGGCAACACGAGUCCACAAUUUUGGAUGGACCCAAUCAGGGGUUCCGAAAAAGAGCAUCAUACACGACGCAAAGCCAAAAACGGGAGCUCCUGUGUCACAUUCACGCAGACCUGUUUUUUCAGGACAAACUACUACUGAGUGGCAUUGACCUGAAAAUAAAACUCAAAUGCAACAGAGAUGCUUUCUGCUUAAUGAACAACGCCGGAGAACACAAGCUGAGCGUACUCUCUGCAUCUUUGUUUGUGAAAAGAGUCAGAGUGUCACCAGGGGUCAGACUGGGACACACCGAAGCACUCCUGACGGCCAACGCUAAAUACCUCAUAGACUGCGUACAGAUGAAAGUCUUCAGUCUGCCUGCAGGGAGCCGCGUGUGUAACCAAGAAAACCUCUUUCUUGGGCAGUUACCCAAAGUGGUAAUUUUGGGGUUUGUGGACAAUGCAGCAUUCAGCGGCAGUUUUACACAAAACCCCUUCAAUUUUAAACACUACAACGUUAACUUUCUGGCUCUAUAUGCUGACGGUGAACAAAUCCCCACUAAACCGCUUCAACCAGACUUCCAGAAUGGACAUUGCAUCCGUGAAUAUUUUAAUCUGGGGGAAACAUCUGGAAAGCGUCUGAGAGACAAACCACUUCUGGUGGACCGCGAGGAGUAUGCCCACAGUUACACAUUGUUCACUUUCAACCUCAGCCCCGACGACGAGUGCACAGGUCAUUAUUCACUUAUCACAAUGGGUAAUCUGAGAGCCGAAAUACGCUUCGCACUACCGCUACACACUACAGUUAACCUGGUUGCGUACACGCUGUUCGACAAUGUGAUAGAGCUUGAUAUGAGGCGUCAAGUAAUUUACGACUUCAGCUAA